AUGUUCACGCCUCGGAUUUGUUCGCAAUGCAUGCGAAAGCUUACGCGGCCCAUCAAUCGUCAGCUGAAAGUUCAAAGAUGUGCGCAGAGUACAGCCGCCGACGGUAGCAUCUCUCCUGCAUUGCUCUCGAGAGCUCGCAACAUCGCCGCAGAACAUGGCAAACUCACUGAACAGCUCGCUGCCGAUUACGAUGCGAAGUGCGCAAAGCGAAUCGGCGAGAUAUCAAAAACAGCAACCGCAAUAAAAGAAUACGACAAGGCACUUUCAACUCUGAAGGAGCUCCAAAAACUCCUCAAAUCAUCCGACAAGGAGCUGCGGGAACUGGCAGAGGACGAUGUUGCGCCUACACACGAGCGCAUUGGACAAGCAACUGCAGAUCUGAAGACGAGCCUCAUACCGGUGCACCCUUUCGCGCAUCUUCCAUGCCUACUCGAGAUUCGUCCCGGUGCAGGCGGAGACGAAGCUGGCUUCUUUGCUGGCGAUCUUCUGCGCAUGUAUCAGGCUUAUUGCUCAAACAACGAUCUUCGCGCUACAAUUUUGAAGCUCGAAACCUCCGAAUCGACUGGCGUUGCCGCCGCAUCCGAUACCCACGUUCAAGAAGCUGUUCUGGAAGUCGAGACGCCAGGAGCAUACGGAAUUUUACGUUGCGAGGCAGGCGUUCAUCGUGUGCAGCGCGUUCCUGCCACUGAGAGCAAAGGGCGGACACACACCUCAGCCGCAAGUGUGCUGGUCCUGCCGAGCGUGGCAGAUGAUGGCAAGGGUGAAUUGGGGGAGAACAGCUUCGAUGAUCCGAAUAGUGAUUACUACGUGAACCCUCAGGAUGUCAAGACGGAGGUGAUGAGGGCUAGCGGAGCCGGUGGACAGCACGUUAACAGGACCGAAUCCGCAGUACGACUGACGCAUGCACCAUCGGGCAUAGUAGUUGCCAUGCAAGACAGCAGGAGUCAGCUCACAAAUCGCGAAAAGGCAUGGCAAGUUCUUCGGAGCAGGAUAGCGCAGAAUCGGCGGGAAGAACGCGAAGAAGAGAUAGCCAAACUUCGCCGUGGCGCUGGCGCAGGCAAGGUUGGCAGAGAAAACAAGGUCCGAACAUACAAUUUUGGGCAGCAGCGAGUAAGCGAUCACCGUAGCGGUCUUGACCUGAGAAACCUCGACGAUGUACUUGCAGGUGGCCAAGCCUUGGAGAAGGUAAUGGAGUCUGUAAGAGUCUGGAUGGCAGAGCAGGAGGUCCUCAAUCUGGUCGCAGAAGAGGAACUGAAAGCCAAGACUCAAAAGUGAAUCGAGCGCUGGAAUGUGAUCCUGCCAAAUCCGCAGCAUGGCAGGGAUAGCGCAACGACGGCUGCGAACCAUCUGGACUCAGAGACAUCAUCGAAUGAGAAAACGUUCAUCUAAAGCCCUACGACCCACAACCAAGAGACAGCGCAACGUCUUCGUCGCUGACACACAGUGCCAAUGCGUGUACGCAAGCCCCAAGAGCUCAGAUGUAAGGGUCCAGCAUGAGUCUGAUUGCUUGGAGAUAAGCAGCACUGUUCGGCUUUUGCAGCAAGCAGUGAGGUGCGAGGAUUAUAUGCUUACAACACAAGAGCACAUGCGACUCCAAGAAUUCAAGCAUUCGGGAUUCCGGCCUCUGAGAGGGGUUCACUCGCCGCAGGAUUGAUGGAAGCCAGGAAGGAUUCCGGCAAUCUUCGCUCAUUGCGUGUCUUAUGUCCUCGCAUCUGCAAUCAGCAGCGGAACCACUCGAGCAUUUUCUCAAUGCUUCGGGCAUCUGUCUCAGGGAAUCUUCUCGUGAACUGCAUGCAGUUGGGCAAGAUUUAAGCUUGCUGCACCCUGCCGUCGGCUCUCCUUGAAGUCCGACGGUCCUUCCG